CAAACUUCAUAGUCGACCUUUGUUCUAGUCCUGAAAUAUCGAAUUGAUCCAGGUCUUCGCAGAUAGUCCUGUGUCAAUUUCAAAUUUUUAGUUGUCUUUUGAAUGAGUCCUUAAUUUUGAUAUUUCGUUUACCCUGAAAUUUUCAGACUGAUUCUUGUCAUCACUGAUAGUCCUGCGAGUCCUGCAUCAUUUUCAACUGUUUAAUCGUCUUUUAAAGACGCCGCUACUAAUCUGGAAAAGCCGACGGAAGGGCGCGUCUAUCGAAAGCAUAAUAAAAGCGGGGCCGAUUUCGUUCUUUUGACCAAAGCAAGGACAUGGAUGCGGUGGUCGUUUACGAUGACGUCAAACCUGGUCCGUCCAACGCCCAGGAACACGACGAGGGCAGGGUCACGAUCCGGUUGCGAAAGAAAAGGGAGGUCAAGGAGCAGCAAGGGUGUUCGACCUUGACCCUGAGCGUGGCCUUGGCCCUCAGCAUCGUCUUCGCCGUUUUCAGCACCGGCCUCCUCAACUACUUCCUCUUCUCCACCAAAGUGGCUGAAGAGAGCAAAGUGAUGAUUGAGAAUUUGAACAAAUCACUGGCAAGUCAAAUUGGAUCAGCCAAGGUGUCCUUUGAGAAGCAUCUGGAACAUGCGGCGGAACAGAAUCGCGUGUUGACGCAGAAAUUGCAAAAUAUUAGCGAGGAAAAUCAAAAGAGGCAAAUUGAGUCCGAAAAAAGUAUUCAAAAGGGGGAAGAGAUAAAAAAAUAUGUGGACGCGAUUGAAGUGAAGCUGGAAAAUGUGUCCAAAAGCAUAGAGAUUCUUCACCAGCUUGAUGAAAUCCAAAUUUUUGUCACAUGCGCCCUAGCACGCUCGGCUAAAUUGACUCAAUUGUCCAACGGCAAGAGAUAUUUCUUCUCUUAUGCAACUAUAGCUAAUUGGACUGAUGCUGAGAAAAGGUGCAAGGGGAUGGGCCUGCACCUGGCCACCCUGAGAAACGAAACCGACCUGAACGCGACCUGGGCGGAAGCGAAGAAAAGAACCACGUCUUUUUGGUGGUUGUCAGCGAAAGAUUACGGCAAUGGCGAAAAAUACGACGUUCGCUGGCAGGACGGCUCAGAGUUGGAGGAAAACAGCAACCUGUGGAGGGCCAAUAAUGUUUACAAAACUGGCUGCGUCUUUUUCUACACUGACAAUGCAUUCUCCAAAAAAUUGAACGGCGCGUUGUGCACCACCAAAUUUCGUUUUAUUUGCGAACUGCCGAGUGAAUGUUACUGACACCGACCAUUUUCUGCUUUUCAUAUACUUUACACUCAGCAGUCUCAGCACUAUUCUGCAAUCACAAAAUUUCAGAUCUUAAUCACAAAUGCCACUUUCAGUCUUCCAGAAAAUGUGCACUGUAUAUUAAAAUUUGCCUGUUUUUUUUUUUUUAAAUUUCGAACCGUAUUUUUGAUUGGUCUCUGAAUAAUUACAAAAAUAUGGUAAAGUAUUUAAGUUUUUGCUUCUGCUGCACUCAUUAAUUUCAAGUUUCGUAUUAACAAAACAUAAAUACGCAUAAUAUUUUUUAAUUUUCAAUUCACUUAUAUUUUUGUAAGAAAUAUAAUACUAAUAAUAUUUAAUUUUAAAACUUUUUAAUUCUCCACUUCAAUUAAAUUUCUAAAUUUAAAUAGCAAAUAAUUUUCCUUUUGAUGAAAAAAAAAUCAAUUAGUUUCCAUUCCUGUCUGCAGCCUAAGGGGACACGAAACUGAAUGUAUAAAAAAAAUUAGUCGUAUAAUAAUUUAAUCAAAUAAAUAUAUUAAUUAUAAGAAUAGCACUCCUUCAUAUAUAAUAUAUGUUCAAAGUUUUGUUGAGAAUAAAUUAAUUUUCGUAAUGUUAAAAAAGUUUUUGAUGUACAAAGGGUACAAAGAAUGAAGAAGUCAAGACGAUCAGACAAAAAGAGGCACCGAUCGAUUUAGGAGGUGGAUAAAUCAAACUUAAAACUUUUAUGAAAACUCAUUAUUCAAUUUGAUAUGUACUCCAAGUCCAAGG